UAAACGCUUGUUAACUGUUAGUCUGUGAGUUACGAUCGCCGACUAGAUUCAAACAGCUUCGAAAAUGUGUGGAGACGAGUUUCGGCUGAGAAAUUUCAAAUUUUGGCAUCCGAUUCAACGUGACUUCGCGGAAUCUAGGUGGCUGUCCCUACCUGUUUUUGUGACAUAUCGUGUGAUAGUCACUGCCUACAAUCUUGGAUGGCUGUUCUACAACAUUUACCUCUUCAGAGCCAAGCUAUUUAUUUACCUAACAAAUUGGACUUUCCUUAUCUUGAAUAUCUACUUUGUCUACGCAACCACUCUAUCCUGUAUCGCUCUUUACAAAGAUAAAAAGAAGCGGAACGAAGCUCUUCCAAAAGCAAGCGGCCAGGAUGGACCAGAUGAGUACAUAGAGAUUGGGACUGGUGACGACUCCGAUCGCACCGACGCCCGCGAGGUUGAUAAUCUGCGGUUGCAUCAUAAAGUUCUCUGGGUCAUUUACGUCAUUUCAGCAACAGGAGGAGUAUGGAUCACCGCUGGAUAUUGGACCGUUCUGUUCGAAGACGACCCUGUCGACGCUAACAACAUCACAAAGCAUGCGCUGAACUCCGUUUUCAUGGUGAUUGACACUUCUCUGAGCUCGAUUCCAAUCCGCCUUUUUCACUGGGUGUACGCUUUGUUGUAUUUCGCCGUCUACAUUCUUUUCUCGGUGUUCUAUUGGCUGGCUGGUGGAACCAAUAAUGGGGGUAAACCUUACAUCUACUCUGCCUUGAAUUACGAUGAUUUCAAGAAGACCACCGCAAUUCUUCUGGUUGUUUUUCUUCUCGUGGUUCUGCCAAUAUUGCAUCUGAUCUUGUUCAGUUUAACCAAGCUACGAGAUUAUUUGUAUAAAAAGUUUGUAACAUAAUGAAAGGGAUCCAUUGGGAUUUUCCGUUUAUGCAGUUUUGGCAAUUUUUUUGAAUCGGUUUUUCGCUUUUUAUGCAGAAGCAGAAAAAUACUCGAAUUUUCGUUUUUUGUGUUCAUUGCCGUUUGCGGAUUUUCCUUUUCUUAGCAUUUCAGUUUUCUUCAAAAUACUAAUGGAAUUUUGGAUUUGACAUCCGAUGAGGUUUUCUGCAGUGUUUCCAUUUGUUUUUCUUAGUCCGGUUUCUUGAAUCAGUAGCUGCGAAACCUGUAUGCUCUACUUGUCACCACUGUAUCGGAUCGAUAAGGAAUUUGAUAACUGGGAUGUAAAAAUUUGUCGGUUUUGCAUGCGGUUUUCGAUUUCGAUCGCAUGUUGUGGUGAUUUUUCUGGUUUAGGAUGAUUUUUUAAACAAUUGUGCGGUAUCUAAUAGACCCCAAUGUCCUCUUCAUCAGGUGGGGCAUGCGACUCGCCGCAACUCAGUAUUAUCGAACUGUGUCAUAGUAACGAUGACGACAUUGACGCACUUAUAUAUAUAUACUCAAAAUUACGGGUCAGUCAAUAGACGUGGUCAUAUCUGAUAGCUACUUAAGAGAUAAAAAGUGGAAUUAUUGCACAGAAUGGGUCUCUUCACUUGUACAGUUUUAUCUGAGUUUGAAUGAAUUUACAGGCUGUAAAAUAUUUUGGUGGAGCAUUAGUUUGAAACUGUCAUGUUACUUAAGAGAUUUUCUCGGCAACAUUUAUGUUUAAGA